UGACGAGGGCCGGAUAUGCGCGUCGGCGGGUGCGCGCGACGUGCGCGCGUAUACGCGCCCGCGAGCAGUGUCGCGUCAGCCCCCGGCCCUGCUGCACCACGUACCAUCAUCCAGGAAUGCGAGAGUUAUUCGGCCCGAAAACGAAGUGCAAGGACUGAGCAUAUCUGGGAACGCUUGAGAAGCACGUCCCCCGAGACUCCCCCGGCCAAAAUCACUCGUCUAACCUCUCCCCUGUCCUCCUCGCCCUCCUCCGCACCCCUCCCUUCCGAGAAAAUCUCCCAUCGAAGCCACAGGAUCCGCAACCUCGCAAUGGACGGCAUGGACAACAAGCCGGUGCUGAACGACGAUCCCUCGGUCACCCUGACCAUCCGGCUGAUUAUGCAGGGGAAGGAAGUCGGUAGCAUUAUCGGGAAAAAGGGAGAGAUUGUCAAGAGGUUCCGCGAAGAGUCUGGCGCGAAGAUCAAUAUCUCCGACGGUUCCUGCCCGGAGCGGAUAGUGACUGUCACCGGACCGACCAACUCGAUCUUCAAGGCAUUCACGCUGAUAUGCAAGAAAUUCGAGGAAUGGUGCUCCCAGUUCCACGACAUUCAGGGCGGCGGUGCUGGUGGCGGCGGCGGCGUUUCGAGACCGCCCAUCACGCUCAGACUGAUCGUGCCGGCCUCGCAGUGCGGCUCCCUCAUCGGCAAGGGCGGCUCCAAGAUCAAGGAGAUCCGCGAGGUCACCGGCGCCUCCAUCCAGGUUGCGUCCGAGAUGUUGCCCAAUUCUACGGAACGUGCGGUAACCAUAUCCGGUACCAGCGAGGCGAUCACGCAGUGCAUAUAUCAUAUCUGCUGCGUUAUGCUAGAGUCCCCUCCCAAAGGUGCCACGAUCCCUUAUCGCCCCAAACCCCAAGUCGGUGGGCCAGUGAUCCUGGCUGGUGGGCAAGCCUACACCAUCCAGGGUAAUUACGCGGUGCCCGCCCACUCGGACGUAAGUACAGUAUUACCAUUACCCGCGCCCGCUGCCGGGCCCACCCCGCCCUCGCUGAACACCCAAACUUUGACGACCUCGCCCUUCGCGGCCCACCCCUCGUCCUCGGCCUUCGCCGCUUCUCACGGGCACCCGCUCCUAUCCACGGCCCACCUUACGACCCCACAUCAUCCUCUCCACCCGAACCCCUUACACGCCAGCGUGGCAGGCCUCGCCGACCCCCUGCUGAAGAGUGGACACUUGCAGGCAGCCCUCCCGCCCGCACACCUCGUGGCAGACGCCAUGGGCAAGCUGGGAAGUAACCCUCUUGCUAGCUUGGCGGCGUUGGGCCUUGGAGGUCUGGCUACACCGGCGAAUACCGGAGGACUUAAUCCAGCAGCAUUGGCAGCGCUGGCGGGCAGCCAGCUCCGCACGAGCAACACGAACCGGCAGCAACCGGCGGCGAACAAUCAGACGCACGAGAUGACCGUGCCAAAUGAGCUGAUCGGUUGCAUCAUCGGCAAGGGCGGCACCAAGAUCGCCGAGAUCCGUCAGAUCUCCGGCGCCAUGAUCCGAAUCAGUAACUGCGAGGAGAGGGAGGGCGGAGCGACGGAUCGGACCAUCACCAUAACCGGCAACCCGGACGCCGUAGCGUUGGCGCAGUAUCUCAUCAACAUGAGGAUAUCGAUGGAGACGUCGGGGGUGCCUAUGCCCGCGUAUCACUUCAUCCCGCCGGACCACAUCGUGAAAUCGCCCAUCCACUAAACGUGGAGCAGUCGUCGUGGUCGUUAUCGUCGUUCGAAAGGACGCGAAUGGGGCAUCGCGGAGCGCGCGAAGCUGUCAAGUGGCAUCUGGGGCUGGGCCACACACUGUGUUCAACCAGCUUGCUAAUCGACACACACACACAGACAUACACAGCCACUCGUAAGAAAAAGAGAAAGUAAGAGAGAAAAAGAGGAAGAAGUCACACACAACAGUGAGAAGGAGAGAGAAAGAGAGAGAGAGAGAGAGAGAGAGAGAGAGAGAGAAAAAGAUAGACACACACACACACACGCAACUCGCGUUAAACACACUCGCACGUACUCGAAGUAGAAGAGGAAGGAGUCUACUCCGUGCGCGCUUUAAGUCGUGUACAUUAAAAAAAAAAAAAGAAAAAAAAACUGGACACGAGCAUUCACAAUGAGAGACAUUGACAUACGUACGUACACACACACACACACACACCCACACACACACACACACACACACAUUCACUCACACACACACACAUACACAUACAUAAUUGCAUAUAUAUUCCCUAUAAUUGGGAUUAUCAUAUAUACGGAGAGACGAAGAAGAUACGCACGCGCGUACACGGACACACACUCGAGUGUACAAAACUGUACAAAAGUUAUUUAAACAAAAGUAAAAAAAAAUAAUGAUGCAUGCCGCAGUCACAGGCUGCCGCCGAUUGGUAAAGGG